AUGGAAACUCAAAUAUAUUUUUUUAUAGUGAUGGACCUCGAUGAUGGUGCCGCUGGAUACAGAAUAAGUAAUCCACCCAUUCACCUUGUAGUUCCUGUAAUGGGAAUUUUGGAGGUGUUCAAAUCCGUAAAGCUGGAGGAUCUUAGAACUAGAUCAUGUUAUCUGACAGGAUAUUUGGAGUUCCUUGUCAAUUACUUUUUCAACGAAGCUUCUGAGCAUAAAAGCUCCAAAAUAACGUGCAAGAUAAUCACUCCAUCAGAAUUUCACGAGAGAGGAUGUCAACUUUCCCUGCAAUUUUCUGUCUCUAUCGAUGUCAUCUACAAAGAGCUUGUAAAACGUGGUGUUGCUUGUGACAAAAGAUACCCGGAUGUGAUACGUGUCACUCCUGUUCAUCUCUACAACAACUACGUCGAUUGCCGACGCUUCAUCACUGCGCUUCAAGAAGCCUGUGCCGUCGCCGAAUCAUCUCUCUAA